GAUGAGCACACCUCUAUUAACUUUGUUCAACUUUCUGUGAUAACCAGAACCAGUAUCUGAUUUUGUGAUAACCUCAAAAUUUAUUAGUAAAACAACAUCCUACACUACACUCCUACAAAAUACAAGAAUAAGAGAACGGAAAAACUCAAAAGACAUAAUCAUUUCUCUACAGAUGGAUGUAGGGGUGAUAAAAGUUGCAGAAGAUAAAGAUUUUGAGAAUCUCAAAAUACUUAUUGACAAUCACAACGGUUGGAACCUUGACUAUGAUAAGAGCACAAUCAAAGUAUGGACGAGAAACUUGGAAGGAACGAACUUUAAAAUGCUAAAGAUCAAAGCGUUAUUUCCUGAAAUAGACCCUGAAGUGAUAUACGAUGUUCUUCAUGAUCCUGAGUACAGAAAAGUUUGGGACCAACACAUGAUAGAAGCUAAGGACAUUGGCUGUCUGAAUCCAAAUAACGAUGUAGGAUAUUAUUCAAUGUCUUGCCCUCCGCCAUUGAGAAACAGAGAUUUUGUACUGCAACGCUCUUGGUUAGAUCUUGGCAAUGAAAAGUACAUUCUAAAUCAUUCAGUUCAUCAUCGAAGUCAUCCACCCCGCGAAGGAUUUGUCAGAGCAACUUCUUAUCUUACAGGUUAUCUUGUUAGAUGUUCAACCAGCAAAGGAACAGAUUUCGGCUAUAUUUCACAAACGGAUCCGCAAGGAACACUACCAACUUGGCUAGUCAAUAAAGUUACACAAAUAUUUGGCCCAAAGAUGCUGAAAAAUUUGCAAAAGGCAACAGUUGGCUAUCUAGAAUGGAAACGGCAAAACAAUCCAAACUGGAAACCGUGGCAUUAUCCAGAGCAAAUCACAUCGCCUCGAUUACAAAUACAGGAUUGCACUCUCACACAAGAAGAACUGGAAAUUUGUGAAAACAGAGCCGAUCCUUCCAGCAAGAAGAAGAAAAAGCUAAAAAAAGGAGCAAUGUAACCUUCGCACUGGACGUAACUGGCUGUUAUUGAUCUCAACGACUCAACCUUCCCUUCAAGAGUCAAGUUAAUUGGUGAAUAUUGACCGUUUCAAGUCUUUCAUUAACAAAGUCUAGUCUAGUCCAAAGUAUUAGUUGAAAAAUCUAUUAAACUCAAAUGUAUUCAUUGAACACAUCAA